CAGGCGGGCGGGCGGGCGGACGGACGGGCGCCAGGCCAGGCACUGUGCGGGACGCGGUUGAUCGCCGACAUCGCGGACGUGUCGGUGUCCGUCGUGAGUCCGGGAAGUUACGGCGCGGUGCGGCGCGCGUGUGUCGCAUUGUGCGUUACGCGGAACGUCACGUACAAUACAUACGGCGUACUGGCCGUUCCCUCGCGCUAGUUACACGCGCGGGCGGAGUGUUACGGAGUAUAUCUCCUCUCCUUUCUCUCUCACUCUCUCCCAGCGUCCGGCGUGAAAUGUCAAGCGUCCUGCGUUACCAUGGGCUGAAUCCCGCCGCGGCGUAGAGCUGUCAGAUCGCGCGCGCGACGAGGCGAGGGGACCGCGUACCCGGGGGGACGUGCCCGCGGGUGAGCGACGAGCGGACACGACGGGGGAGGGACCGCGGUGUGAAAGUCAAGUUGACUGCGCGUUUGUCCCAUCUUCUCGUCCCCCUUUUCUCACUUUCCGCGACGCAAGUGGUUUUUCCCCGCCGCGAGACGGGACAAAGGAGCCCACGCGACCGCGACGGCCACGAGGAGGCGAGCGCGCCGAUGUCCGAUCGCCAACGAUGGAGCCCGAGGAGCCUCUCAUGCAGGGGGUGCUGCUGCUACCGCCGCAGGGAAUGCUAGGCCAGCUCAAGAAAUCGUGGCACAAGAGAUUCUGCCAGCUCUUCAGGACGAGCAACUACGGGAUCAAGCGCGUCGAGAUCUACGACAGCCAGGAGGAGGCGAUACUGCAGUCCCACUCUCCGCGCAUCGUCACGCUGGACGCCUGUAUCAAAAUUGCACCCAGCAAUCAGUCGCAUGUCUUUAAGGUGGUGACCAAGUCGGGAAUACACUAUUUCGGCUGUUACUCGGAACUCGAGAUGACCCACUGGAUCACGGCGUUCCAGCUAGUCGCGUUCAAGGACAGCGUGACGAAUCAAAUAGAAGAGAACAACGAUCUGUACUGCACCAGUGGGGAGGGCGUGUUUUCCGUGAAGGUCGUCGAGACGGACGCGUCCAAGCGGUGCGGGCUGGAGACGCGAAACUAUACCUUGGUAAUCGCCGCCGUGGACAUGAAACUGAUGGACGGUGACAUCGUGCUGUUCACGUGGCCGUACAGGUACAUCAGGAGGUACGGGUACAGGGACGGCAAGUUCAUCUUCGAGGCCGGCAGGAAGUGCGAGUCCGGCGAGGGCUCCUUCCGCCUGGAGCACGGUAGCCAGCAGGAGAUCUUCCGGUGCAUGUACGCGAAAAUGAAGUCUAUGAAGAAGCUGCUGGACGAGGAGAGCAAUUCGAACAUAGAUUGCAACGACACCCAAUUCCAGGCGGCCUUGUCCAUGGAGGCUGGCUCGAGAGCGGCCUUACCUCCCUCUUCGAACAAUUCCUCGAGCAAUCUGAUCGACAUAGAUUUUUCUACCGCGCAGAACUCCCAGAAGCAGCUGUCCUCGUCGACGAGCAUGGACUCGGCGAUCUCGUCGAGCAGGUCGCUUAAUAAAUCCAAGCCCGCGAAACCGCCGCGGAAGUACGUCUUCGCCAACUUGCUGGAGAAGAGAAAUCUCGACUCCCCGGAAUUCCUGGACCUGCCUACGUGCGGCGAAUACAGAACUAUUAGCCAAGGUAAUUCGCCGGAGUUGUCUCACAAGAGCAUCGGCGGUGUUGCGCGCGAGGACGAGAAGCACCCGUACGACUUGGUGGAAAUUAGGAACGACGCUUGGAAAACGCACGGCAUCGACAGCGUGCAUCACACGGAGAGAAUAAACUCGAAUCUACCUGGCGAGAGAGAUAAGGAGAACGACAACGACGACCUGCAGUACGAGAUCAUGAUGCCGGCACGGAAUCACGAUUCAUUCCAGAAUUCGUACAAGAGCAAGUGCGGCGUGGCCGACAACGCGAUUGUCGUCGUGCCGUCGGGGAUACAAAGCAAGACGGACGAGUCGGACUACGAUAAAUUGGAACACUUUGGAUCCGCGACGAAGCUUAGUCAGAAGCCCACGUACAAGUAUACGAAUUCCACGCAAAGCGUACAUUCCAACGUCUCUCACGGAGAAAGUUCGAGUCUUAUCAAUCCGACGUGGUCCAACUAUGAGAUCGUCGACGAUAUGUCCGCCAUCAGGCUGGCCGACGACAGUCAUCUCGGUUAUGGGAUUAUCCGGAAGAAGCCGGAUCUCUCCGAGACGACUUCCACCGGCAACACCGCGGUCGGUCCGCAGCACAAGGUUUUUAACAACAGCGAAUACGCCAUUGUGUCGAAACCAAAAAGGGUGUAAAGUGCCCGUGCGCUCGAGCGCCCUUUCAAAGUACGCGACGGGCAUGCUACGAAUUCGCCUUUACGAAAUUCUUUUUGUAAUUAUUUGUGUAAGGAUAUGAAGAAUAUGCUAGUCUAUAUCGCGUCGUUAGAAUGAAAGUAUUCCUCUUUUACCAAGUGAUUGGCACGUUGCAAAAUGAUAUCAUUACUUUCGCGUUGUCGUAUAUUUGUCCGACAUUUUUACUCACUUUCUGUAUCACUUCUUUUUUUAGAGACUAGUCUUUGUAAUUUCUCUUACAAGUCGAGUGUCCAAAGGAAUUUAAUCCUCGAAAAAUCAUAGACGCGUCUGUGCCUUCUCACGAAAGAUAUUUUCUAGUAUUGAUUAGGGGAGCUCAAAGUGAUUAGUAUUUUAUCCAACUUCAUUCGACUGAUUUAUCAAAAUACCUGUAUAGUGCCUUGUAAAAACGAAAAUAUGUCAAUUGAUGCCAAAACAAAUACUAAAUCGUUGAACGUGCAUGCGCGUUAAAAAUCUUGAUAUUUGAAUGUACGUAUUGGUGUACUUAGAAAUUUAUUAUUACAUAUAUUACAGUUAUAUUCUAUUGCUAUUCUACUAUCAUUGUACCAUUGUUAUCGCUCUCAUUCUAUAAUUAUUGUUAUAUUCAUAUAUAUGGAUAAUUCACGUUUGUAUCUAUUAUUAUAUUAUUGAAUUACAAUGCGAAAACGCGUUCUACCCAGGCGUGUUAUAAAUUUCGUUUCAACUGCGAGACUAUCGAUAUAAGGAUGUACAUAAUUUGAUACAAAUACUUUCGUAAAAAGAGAACGAAGGGAUCGUCACAAUUGGAUAAAUUUAUAGAUAUUUAACAGUAUGUAUGCUGCCACAAUUUUAGAUAUACAUAUGCAUAAUGAAUAUUAGUGCUUUCGACGUUGAUCGGAUCAAUCGUUUGCCUGAACAUAGGCAUCAAAAUUUAAUUGUAUGAAACUUAUCGCGUUGGAUUUCAACAAUCCAGAAUUAUUUCUGUUCAAUUAUCACAUCCACUAUAUAUCUAGUAUGUAUAAUAGUGAAACAAUAGCAGACGGGCUAUUAUUUGUACAAUAGAAACCGCUAUUAUUCAUUAUGCUCAAAUUUAUGACGCACGAGUCAGAUGCAAUAAUGAUAUAUAUGUAAGAAUAAACAACUAUUUUAUAUAUUUUUUUAUCUACAGAAUCUUUUUACAAAAUUGUAUAAAACAAUGACUUUAAGAAUUUGUUGAGGAGCCGUUUGUAAUAAUAUGUCCUUUGUGCCAAACAAAUGGUCUACCAUUGAAAUGUCAAUGUAAAAAGAUACAUAUAUAUAUAUAUAGACGAUUAAUUAUAAGAACUCUACGAAUCAAUGAAUUCCGGAAUAUAUAUUGAACAGAUAUAUAAGCGAAAAUCAUUUUCUAGAACAAGUAUUGCUAGUUUUAACAGAUAUAUUAUUAGGAAUAUAUAAAACAAAUUAUAUACACGUGUAAGGUUGAUUCUCGUGCAACCUUUUGCGUGCGCCACUCGUUUCGUUUGCCAUAAGUAUUUGCAAAAUUAAUAUCCACGGAUGGAUUCUGUUUUAAGGACACAAUGUUCCAGCUAACGCGACGAUACUUUCACGCCUAAAUGUAAAUUAAUAUACUUCUUCAGCGCAUUCUGUAUUUUCUAAAACGACUCGUAUACAGUUUUACAGUUGCAGCCAUCAGUUUUAACUAUUAUAGACUCACAAAUUACGCAAUAAAUUUGUAACGAAA